UGUAAAGAAAUAAAUUUUCCUCGUUGUACCAACAAUUUCAUUGAUGCUCCGCUCUUAUUGGUGUGAUGUUAUGUAGCCUAUGUAACAUACAUAUAGUCUGCUUCGAUAAAUGAGCAAUCCAAGACUAAAAUAAUUUUUCAGUUCGAGCUAGUCGUUCCUAAGACUAGCGCGUUUAAAAAACAAAUUAAUUUUUUAGCUUUUUGUAUUAGUAUAGAUAAAAACAAACAACAAUUUUGUCAUUCUUCUGAGUAUUUAAUUCAGUUUUUAGAUUGUAACUCCAUUGUAAAAUUCUACAUACUGGCCUAUAAUUAUAUAGUACCUCUUCACCCAAUGUCAACUAUUAAUAUCAAUUGUCAAUGUUAUAAUUAAUCAAUAUGGCGUUUGAAAAACCAGUGGUCGUAAUCGACAACGGUAGUUACAGCAUCAAGGCCGGGUUCUCUUGUGAUAAUCACCCGGUAUCAAUCUUUAGAACUGUAGUGGGAAGGCCCAACUAUCUGCAAGGCAGUUAUGGGAAGCAACAUUAUGACGUAUAUAUCGGUGACGAAGCCAUCGCCAAGAUAACCGAUCUGGAGUUCAGCAGGCCUGUGGUGAAUGGCAGGAUUGUGCAUUGGGACAACAUGGAGAGGAUCUGGCACCACGUGUUCUACCGGGAGCUGAAGGUGGCUCCGGAAGACCGCUCCGUGAUCCUGGGGUGCGCGUGCACCACGCCCAUGGACGAGAAGAUCAAAUGCUGCGAAGUGUUCUUCGAGACUCUUAACGCGCCCGCCCUCUGCGUUCAGUCUCAAAGCGUCCUGUCCCUCUACGGCUCAGGGUACACUACCGGCAUUUCAGUAGACCUUGGUUACGACACCACAGACAUAAACCCAGUGUACGAAGGCGGUCUCUUGUCUUACGCUCAUAUCCAGACCGGUCUAGCAGGAGCGCAGAUUUCAGACUUCAUUGAACAUCAGUUGGCGGAAAGAAAGUUGGAACUAGGAGUCCAUACUCCAUCUAUUAUAGAGGGAAUAAAGAGAGACUGUAUGUACGUCACAGAGGAUGCUUCGAUGUCGAGAAGGGAUUAUAAGAAGGCCUACCCACUUCCGAGUGGGGAGGAGAUUCAUGUCUGUCAGGAGGCUUUCUUGGCUGCAGAGUUGAUGUUUCAACCUGAUCUGGUCAUGGGUCGGAAAUCGGGUUUUCUCCCACUGCAGGAGGGUGUGGUGAUGGCUGCUAUGAAGUGUGAUUCGGAACUGAGGCCUGAAAUGUUUGAUGCUAUUGUACCUUGCGGAGGACUGGCGCCUACUCCAGGAUUAUUUAAGCGCUUGGCAUUAGAAGUCGAGGAUAUCAUUAACCGACCGGUCAAUGUCCUCACUUCUCCCGAAUCGUACGCGGUGUCUUGGCUCGGGGGCGCAACGUUUGCCGGGAUGGCCGACUCCAAGAAGAUGUGGGUUCAUAAAAGACAAUAUGAAGACCACGGGGCCAGGAUUGUUAGGAACCGGUUCCUUUGAUUUUGAUUACAUGAAGUUUAGAAGU